CAAAACUCCCUAAAAAUCAUGGGCGAAUUUCUGUGGAAAAUGUCUGUAUAUCAUUGAUUUUAAACAGAUGUAAUUUUAACUAGAGAACUCAUUAUGGCAACACAUUUUGAGUUAAUUGAGCUUGCUCGUCACUUGAAACAAGAAAGAUUAUUUGUCAGCUCCGAGAAGGAACAGUUACAGAGUCUGAAUGAACAAGUGGCGAAAACAGCGCAGACAUUAUAUCACGUAUCAUGGAUUGGAAGACAGCAGAGACAGAAUCUAGAUCAAUUGAUAUUAAAUAGCAGAGAAGUCAGUCCAGCGACUUGCUGUCACAAUGCUAACAUGUUAGAGUUAUCAAAUUUUGUUGAUGCCUAUAAACAUUUAUCAUAUCAUGAGUCGAAGUAUGGGGAAUUCUUGAAACAAUUUCGAGAAAAUCCCAGGAUGAUCGCAGCUUGUCUGGUACAAGGGGAGCAACUUGAUGUAACAACAAUGCAAAAUAUUGUUCAUAUAGUAGUGACAUCACUUUAUGCAAAUGGAGUAAUGCCGGAAGAUGAGAACUACUUAUUGCAAGUUUUAAAAUCCUUGAUAGAAUUUCAGUUGGCUAAGAGUAGCAACCCACGACGAAUGCUCAGAAAAGGUUCUUGCGCAUUUAGCCGAGUUUUUAAACUGCUCAAUGAAGGACAAUUCUCUGCCAAAUUAUUCCUUACCGCUGCCCUUCACAAUCCAGUCAUGCGACUGCUUAUGGAAGAUGAGUGGUUCUAUGAUAUUGACCCAGACAAAGCUCUUGUGCGAUUCCCACAAGCUGAACGUAUACGCAGAUUUGGGCAACCGGGCACGGUAUCAUACACAGAAAAUCUGAACAAAUAUCGCCAAUUUACAAAUGAAAAACUUGUGCAAAUGACAAACAGAUUUAUUUUGAGCAUUAAGAAUAAUUUGUAUUGCUUUCCACAAAGUUUAUGUUGGCUGGUAAGUCAGUUGUACCACAUGAUCAACAAGUCUAACAAUGUAGAUACUGCUGAGGCACGGGCCAUGUGUGCAGACCUUGUGUUCACACUAUUCAUAUGUCCCGCCAUAUGUGACCCGGAACCCUAUGGAAUUACAUCAGACACACCAUUGAGCUACAUAGCACGACAUAAUCUAAUGCAGGUUGCCCAAAUCCUGCAAGUGCUUGCCAUAUCUAAAUGGGACGAAAUAGAUCCAAAGUUACGGGACCUGUACUCCAGAUUUGAGCAAGGCUGCAUGUCGUCCUUGUUAGACUCAAUGCUAGAAUGCAGCGUAUCAGACAUGCCACCUCAAGCAAGUACGCAACUUUAUGGUUUGGAAAGAUCGGCUAUGUUGAUGACACCCUCAAAUCUACAGACUUUGAUGACGUUUCUGUCACAAGUUCAGCAGUCUUUUGAACCAGAAGAAGAGAAUCGCAAAACCCUAGAAGAUCUUCUAUCUGGUGUACCCCCUCCCUCUGCUUUACAAGUUUCCCAGACAAAUACACCAUGUGGGACACCACCAGGGACACCUGGUGAGAGAACUAGGAAACAACAUAAAUCAUUGAAGAAGAAAUUGAGUCUUGCUCCCCCAGCUAUUGGGUCUGGAGGUUUGGAUGACUCUACUGCAGGAGACACGUCAUUGAUAGAUGGCACCAGUGUUGACAGCUUCAACAUGAACCAGGAGGACGUCAUUGUCAUCACUCUCGACCAGAACACAGAAUGUCCCGGAAUGUUGAGUGAAGAAAAGGUCCUGUCCAUGGAUAAUGAGAUGCGUCCUAGGAGGGUAAAAUAUAGCUAUAGUGAGGAUGGGGGUGGCGAAAUACAAGAGAAACGUACAAGGUUUUCUCUGUCACAUGAUCAGGAUUCAAUAGCCACCAGUGACAAUCUGGAAGCAACAUCCUGUAUCUCUGAUGCGGCAUCCAGUCACAGCGCCAUUGGCUCAGAUGGGGAAGAUAACGAGAAUAUGUCAGAUAUGACAUCAGCAAAUGUGAGUGGGCGAGGUUCUCCUAGUCUGAGUGGACGAGGGACUCCAUUGUCACAGGUGGGAGAUGCAGAGUUGGAAAAUGUGGAACAGCGUCGUCCUGGUCCAGAUUUGCCUGUUAUGGUACAGAAAACGAACAGAGAAGAUGUAACCGAGAGAUUUGGAAAGUUUGAUAUCAAACAGGAGCUGGAAAGAGAUGAUGUCAGGUCAACUGUGAGUGAUGCUUGGAGUACAGAUGUGAUGGCCAGCGAUAGUGAGCCACCUGAGAUGAACCAACUUGAGAGACUAGAGGAGGUGGCAGAAGAGGUUCUGCGCAGUAAUCUGCUUGGUGUGCAAGAGGUGUCUGAGGUGAGUGAAACAGCCAGUGAUGCGUGGAGCACAGAUGUACUCGCAGCCAGUGACACAGAUGAGAAACAAGCUGAGAGACUACGUGAGGUGGACCAGCAAGAUGACACAGAGAACAUUCUCCCAGAGCUUCAAGAGGAAGUGUUUGAGGAAAAUGGCAGCACACCAUUGGCUUCAGGUGUCCAGAGUCCAGAGGAUUCCCAGAAACCAACAGAUGAGACUACAGCACCAGUUGACCCUACACCUCCACUUGAUAGACACUUUGACCCCUUUGCUAAAUCAUCCCCUAAAAGCUCCAAAGAGAGGCAAAGUGAACCAAAUCAGGUGACAUUUCGUCAUGGCGACUUAGAAAACCGACCCCGCGCUGUGUCUGACAUUGUUGGAGUCUUCCGUAAAAUCGACGACCACAAAUAUGAUCACACAUCUAGUCAACGUGUAUCUGCCUCAUUCAAGCAUGCAGAAGGCAGGGUAGUGUCAGUGCUAGAGCAGUUUGAUCCUUUUCAACAUGAAGCCCUAAGUAAAGAAGGCGGAGCUAUUCCAAAGAAACGAGCUGGACAAUACUCCAAAAAUAACUCAAACUCACAAAAUAGAGGUGACAAUGCUCAAGGUUUGAACAACCAAAUUAUUUCUCCCGAUCAAGGAAUUUCUAGUCCCGGAUUCGAAGAUGAAGUGGAAUUAAGGCGUAAUACGGAGCGAGACUCAGGUGUGGCCGAAACUCCAGAAGAUCAAAACCCUGAACUUAUCAACAUUCUCUCUGAAAAUAUGGAACAGAAUUUGAAAUUAACAGAGCAACAGAACUUAAAGAUUGAUAACAGGCUUUCAACAUCAAGUAUCUUAGAUUCCUUUGAUCCAAUAAACAAUGCAUCGUUUGAUCAAAGGGGCUCAAGAUCAUUAUCGGAGCCUGUUAUCCCAGAGUUUAAACGCCCAAAUUCACUGCAGUCAGGGGUAGCACGAGAACUUGGUCUCCCACCCCCAGGGGCAAGCACUGAGGUGACACCUACUAAUAUAUCUGUGCAGAUUCAGGAAGGACUUGUAGAGGGGCCACUUACUAGUAGUACAGAUGAUACUGAGGUUGAAGUGGAUUUAAAUGAUGCAGAUACCGAAUUGGUUACCAUGGAAACAGCAGAAAUUGACAUGCGCGAUAGUGGUCUAGGAAGCUUCUCAAAACCGGCAGAGUUUGAUCCACUGGGAGCUGUCACCCAAGCGGGGCAGGGUCUGAUUAAGCUGCGUAGUGAUACAGAAAGUAGUUCCGGUAGUGGAAGGUCAUCUGAGAUAGAGGUCAGCCAGGAAGUAGUACCUUCUAAAGUUGAUAGCAGACUGACAAGGUCUGAUGAUCAUGUGAUAAGGAAGGAAAAGGAGUUUAGUGAUAGUGAUAAUGGAGCUGCAAUACCACAAGGUGAGCAAAAGAAGAAGAGUAGCAGUAUAUUCAAGGCAUUCAAAGACAAGUUGAAAGGUACUGGUAGCAAGAAGCGUACCAGCAAUAACAGAGAUGAUAAAGAAGACAUGGUGCCCAAUGGAUCUGUACAUGUAGACCCCACAUGCCUGGGGGAGAAACAUUCCUCUCUACCCUCAAUGCAUGGUGCUGUAGAUAUACUGGAUGGAACUAGAAAUCUAAAUGGGACAAGACCUGCAAGUUCUGAACAAAUAAAUAACAGUCUAAGUCAAGAAUCAAGUGAUGAUAUAUUGGCCAAAUAUCGCAAGAAACCAUUGGCAGUUAUACCUCCAGUCACUGUUAAAGACAGUGUUCCUAACAUUGACAAGGUUAAACUUAAUGUUAAAGAGGAAUCAGAAGAAGAAGGUCCACCUGCUUAUGAUCCUAUUAACCUAGAGAACUGCCAAGCUUUUCAGGAUGCAAAACGCAAACUGCGCAUGGUUCUGAGCACCGCAGAUAUCCAAACACUUCCGUCGCAGAAUGGGCUCAUCGCGGGAUAUUACAGUCCAAGUAUCAAAAGUAAUGAUCGAAAGGAGAAUGAUUUGGUGGCGUUUCUAAAAGUGCAAUUAGCGGAGGCUAUCAACUUGCAGGAUAAAGACUUGGUCGCCCAGCUUCAUGAGACGCUUAGAUGUCUCCGACAGUUUGAUAACAUUGGGAUCAAGAAGCUGUUAAAGUCAAUGCAGGAGGAUUACAAGAAUAGAUCAGCAUAUGUGGCUUACCUUAUACGCUCCAGACAAGGCCUCCUGACCACUGUGGGCCAUUUAGAGAGACUGUUACAUAGGAUACAGAGGGACAAGGAAGUGUGCAAUACCCACUUUAUCUCGGUGUGUGUCCGAUUAUUCCUAGACUCCAAAGAGAAGUCACUGAUGAAGUUUAUGUCAGACUUUACUGGGCUGACUGUCUCUGAUGAGAAAACGGAUUUAGUUGAACGAUUCUUGGACUACCUUAGCAGACAAAUGGAGUCUGAUGCGUUAUGGCAAGCUGCCAAUGAAGGCCAGAUAGAGGAUGCUCAUCUUGCCAUUGAGAGGCUCAUCAUGAGUCGUAUCUAUACACAUGCAAUGUUCCCCAAUGGAGAUGGUGAUCAGCUCAGAGACCAGGUGCUACGUGACCACAUACAGAAGCUGGCAGAUGUGAUAAGUCCCAACCACAAAGACCUACGUAUUGCCAAGAUGUACCAUUAUGAGUGCCCUUGGCCUGCUGCACAAGCAGAGAUAGACAUGAUCAAUGCAUAUAAGACCCCUAAAGACAAACUGAGAUGUGUAUUACGCUGUUCUUCCACGAUAAUGAAUCUAUUGAGCAUGGCUAACCCCAAGUCAGUUCCUGCAGCAGAUGAUUUCAUGCCUGUACUUAUCUAUGUUCUAAUUAAGGCCAACCCUCCUAGUCUGCUGUCCACUGUCCAAUAUGUAAACAGUUUUUAUGAAAAGCGUCUCGCUGGCGAGGAGCAAUAUUGGUGGAUGCAGUUUACGUCAGCUAUAGAAUUCAUUAAAACAAUGGAUUAUACAUCAUAGAGUAAAACUAUGGGUUAUACUUCAUAGAGUAAGACUAUGGGCCAUAUUUCAUGAGGUAAAACUUUGGGUUUUACUUCAUAGAGCGAAAGUGGAAUAUAUACUUCAUAGAGCAAAACUGGGAUAUACUUCAGAGAGCAAAACUAUUACUUCAUAGAGCAAAACUAUGGAUUAUACACAAUAGAGCAAAACUAUUGGUUGCACUUUAUAGAACCCAGGCUUAAUUAAAGCUUUUGGUUAUACAAAUUUGGAAAUAACAAAUAUGAUGCAUAGAUACAUUUAUAGGAACUGAAUUACACCUCAUCCAAACUUUGGAUAAGCUUCACAGAACUAUGGAUUGGAGUUCAUUGUGGGAGUAUGAACUGUACCUGAACAAAAUUGGAUUAAUUAAUGUAUAAUCGUGACUGUCAGCGGAACAGUGUUUCACUUGGGAGGUGUUCCACUUACAUAGGUUAAUGUUACAUUAAAUGAAUGGAUACACCAAUUUUAGAGAUGUCCCUCUUUACAAAUUUUACUGUUUACUGAAACAUGCAAGCCUUGUCAUAAAGUGUUAAAUGCUCUUUGCCAUGUAGUUUGUUAUUGUGUCAUUGAAGAACAAUUAUUGUGUUAUGCAAAAUUGAAAGAAAUGUUAUUUGUAUUCUAUGUUACAAGUAACCUAUGUUAUUUGUAUUCUCUGUUAGGAAGCUAUGUUAUUUGUAAUGAUGUUAUGAAUAAGCUAUGUUAUUUGUAGUCCAUGUUACAAGAAACCAAUGUUAUUUGUAUUUGAUGUUACGAAUAAGCUAUGUUUUUUGUAUUCCAUGUUACAAGUAACUUAUGUUAUUUGUAUUUGAUGUUACAAGUAA